GAAUGUGACGAGCCGGCGCUGAAAUUUAAUCGGUUUUUUCCCCCCUCCCUCUCUCUUACCUGGGUAAUAUUAGGUUAAGUACCUCACAAUAAGGAAUCUACGUACUGUUGGGUUAGGUGCUGGGCAGCAGCCCAACCGAACGGGUACCUAAGGCACAUUUUUGCAUAUUGCUUUGGUUCAAUGUUGUUCCUGCGUCAAGCCACAAAGCCACGCAUGCUCGCCAUUCUGCUAUCUCUCACCUGCUAGCUUAAGUGUUACUUCAACUUUUAACGCGUUGAGGUGUAUCUGUUUUGAGCACUCAGGAAGAAGCUCGCCUCAAGUUGCGAAGUUAGAAAGAGAUGCGGUUGCGGUUGCAGUUGUGGUUACUCUUAUGACGUGGCAAGGCUAACUAUUUACAAGGCAAACUAUUCGCAAGGCAAAGCGUGCUCAAGUUCUAUCUUAGCAACUCCUUCGCCAAUUUCGCGAAGCCUAUCUUAGCUAUAAUUACAAACACCAGUCGCUCCCUAUACUCCUUCGCUAUCACAGUGACUACCUGCUCAGAAGUGACGAUAAGAGUAACGUGGUUUAUUAUCAUUAUCAUCUCGCAAAGUACGCUUCCCCAGGUGAAGAACAUCAUACGCGACUCGCGAUGGAGCUAGCGACGGAAUCUGGAGGGCUCUCUAUCCUCAAUCCAUCGCCGGCGACCCUUGAAGGGCCGAAGCUCCUUCACGACUUAGUGUCGAAGGUGAGCGACGAUGGCUUACCAGCUAUAGAUCAUCAUCGAAGCACCGGCGAAAGCGUUAGCAUCAGCUACCACGAACUCCACUCUACGGCGGCCGCGGUAGCUGCGCGUAUACUCGAAACUUUGCAACUUCCGGGGUCAGUUGACUCUCGAGAGCAACUUGUUAUACCUAUUCUUAUCCCGCAGUCGCCGGCGCUAUACAUCAGUCUCCUCGCUAUUUUAAAAGUUGGUGCCGCCUUCUGUCCUCUGAACGCCGACAUUCCGGUUGAUCGCCUCAAAUUCAUAUUGGGCGAUGUUAAGGCUAGGCUCGUUCUGGUUGAUUCUAAUCUUGUAACGCAAAUUCCACAUGAUGAUUCUUAUAAUAUCCUACCCGUCGACCAAUCGCUUGACUCCCUGAUACGGAACGGAUACCGGUCGGCUACCUACAGAGUACCUGAGCCUGAUGACCUGGCGUACGUCAUGUAUACUUCCGGCUCUACUGGGACGCCCAAAGGAGUGGGGAUAUCUCACCGCGCUGUGACACAGAGCUUGCUUGCGCAUGAUCGUCAUAUUCCACGGUUCACUCGCUUCCUCCAAUUCGCGGCGCCCACGUUUGACGUGUCCGUGUUCGAAAUAUUUUUCCCCUUGUUCCGCGGUAGUACUCUCGUAUGCAGUUGUCGCGCGGACUUGCUGUCGGAUCUUCCCGGUGUUCUAAGAGGUUCCCGUGUAGACGCGUGCGAGUUAACGCCAUCCGUUGCAGGCAGCCUACUCAAGAAAAGAAGCAAUGCUCCUGCGUUGCGUCUCUUGCUGACAAUUGGUGAGAUGCUUACCGAACCAGUCGUUCGGGAAUUUGGUGGCGAUGAUGAUGAAGAUAGCAUGCUUUGGGGCAUGUACGGCCCGACAGAAACAGCUAUUCAUUGCACGGUCCAACCCUCAUUUCAAAAACAGUCUAGCAAGAAUAAUAUUGGAGUUCCUCUCGAUACCGUAUCAGCAUUUGUGAUAGAUAGCGAUGCUCUAGAAUUCCGGGUGCUCCCUGUUGGUCAAAUCGGAGAGCUUGCUAUCGGCGGCAGUCAAGUAGCUGUUGGAUAUGUCAAUAGGCCUGAGCAGACUUCGGCCGCGUUCCUCGAAACCAGUUGGGGUCGAGUGUACAGGACUGGAGAUAAAGCUAGGAUUUUACCUGACGGUACGAUCGAGUGCCUUGGUAGGAUCGGCGGCGGUCAGGUUAAGUUGAACGGCCAAAGAAUAGAGCUCGGAGAGGUUGAGCAUGCCCUCUUGCGCACACCGGGAUGCCAUGGUGCCCUGGCUGUUGUAAUCUCAAACGUGUUGGUGGCUUUUGCGGCUGUUGAGGGCGCCGCGGAAUCGGCAGGGAUGCGAGCGGCAAUUCUUUCCCGAUGCAGAUCCUGGCUGCCAACCUUUAUGAUUCCUGCUGAUUUAAAUAUCGUGGAAGAUUUUCCUCGUUUGCCUUCGGGGAAGGUUGACAAGAAAACACUAAUUGAACAAUACGAAACCUUGACUUCUCAUAAUUCCAACGUAGAGGAAUCGUUCGAAGAUGAAUUGGAAUGUCAACUCUGUGAGAUCGCUGAGGCGAUUCUCGGACAGCGCGUCACUCCAUCGGCCUAUUUAUCCUCGUUAGGGAUGGACUCCUUAGCAGCCAUCGAAUAUACAUCGAGAAUCCGGGCCUCUGGAAUUACCGCCAGCCCCAUCGAUAUCCUCGAGGCGACAAGUGUGCGGGAACUUAUUAGCAUAAUCAAAUUGCGGCAUAGUGAAACGAAUUUCUCGACCUCGACGAUCAACUCCUCCCUUAACGGUUGUCAUUCCGAUAGUUUGAUGGAUCAAUUGUCAUCCGAAAUAGCGACGCAACUACAACCCGCCGACGUCGAGCACAUAGAGGCGUGCGCUCCUCUCCAGGAGGCGAUGGUCGCGGAAACUUUAAAGGACUCGAGGUUGUAUAUUAAUCAAACGGAACUGAUGUUUCCUAGCAAUCUCGCGGUCGAGUUGAUAAAGUCAUGGCUUAGCAUGUUGGCUCGACGUAAUGAGAAUCUACGCACCGGGUUCGCAUAUAUCGGCGAUAGACUUUGCCAAAUAAUCUGGAAUCACCUCGAAGAUAAUCAAAUUGAAGUUAUCGACCGUGCACGUUCUUUUGAAUGCGUCGACGUUGAACAGUUUCUUCGUCGCCCGCUCAAAAUCGACAUCAUUCCAAGCCGCCCGCCGGCGAAGCAUCACACAAUUCUGAUAACCCUUCACCAUUCGAUAUAUGAUGGGUGGACGAUGGAUCUGCUAAUUGAAGACCUCUCGCUUUUAGCACAAGGAUCACCACCAGCUGAUAGACCUCAGUUCGGUCAAGUGUGCCGGCACCUAGCUGCCCCUCCGAAAAAUGAGAUUGACAUGAAAGAAUUUUGGGCGGAAAAGCUGCGCGGCUGCAUUCCGGCGUCUUUACCCAAUUUCAGGACUUCGGCUGUGCUAAAGUCGCAAAUUAUGACGACGGGCAAGGAAAUUAAAGUCGAUCCGGCCUUAGUCAGAGAUUUUGCGCUCGGUGCCUCUGUCGGGCCUCAAGUUAUAUUCCAAGGCUGUUUAACCUGGCUUUGGGGGCUAAUCAACGGGGUCGGCGAGACGAUAAUAGGGUCUGUGUCAUCCGGUCGGACUCUCCCUAUUGCCGACAUUGAGAAGAUAAUGGGACCUUGCAUGGUAACCCUUCCACUCAGAACGAUCCCGGGCGAAUACGCUACUGUUAUUGAGCUUCUGCAAGGCAUUCAUCUGUUCAAUCGGGAAACACUCAAAUACAGCACUCUUCCUCUUUCGGAGAUAAAGCGAGCCGCCGGAAUCUCCCCUCACCAAAAGCUUUUUGAUGUUAUAUUCGCUUACCAGGAAACUAUUGCCAGCCGUAGGCGGAGCGAUAGCAUCAUUUGUGAAGCUUGGCACAAGGACAUGGUAGAAGCAAAGCUUCUCGUGGAGAUAACUCCCUCUGACGAUGCUUUUUCGUGUCAGUUAACGUGGCAUUCGGAUGCCUUUUCGCAUACUCAAAUCGACCUCUUAUUCUUGCACCUUGACUCCCUAGUCCGUUGUUUUGUUGAGAAUGGCAACCUGCCACUCAGCAAGGUUCUACGCUGCUUUCCGGCCGAUAACCUAUCCCAUUAUAACGAGACUCCGAAAACCCUGCAAGUGCCCUCAAGCUUGUCUAAUCUCGUAGAGGAGAUGGCACUCAAAUAUCCAACUAACGAUGCAUUAUGCUUCGCGUCUUCAACUGGCCCUUCCGGUAUCCAAACUCGGACAUUAACCUAUCGGGAACUGAAUUCGAAAUCUAAUCAAAUAGCUAACUAUCUGCGACAUUCCGGUUUGGUGCCGGGACAGAUCAUCGCGUUAGUUAUGGAGAAAUCGAUUUUACUUUACUGCGCGAUUCUCGGGAUACUUAAGUCAGGAUGCGCAUAUCUCCCCAUCCUUCCCAACACUCCUCCACAGAGGAUGCAACUGAUUUUUAAACAGGCUCAGCCUCAACAUUGCUUGGUGGAUGAGUUUUUCCCAUCGCAGGUUUUAGAGGCAGUUGACUUUUCCGUAACUAAUCUAUCGCAUAAGGUUCUUUCAGAAUAUCACGAUUCCAACUUUGAAGUCUCUAGAGAGCCAAACGAUCUUGCCUACGUUAUUUAUACCAGUGGAACUACUGGAACCCCAAAGGGUGUCUCGGUUACCAACGCGAAUGUUUUUAGUAACAUUGAAGCAUUAUCUCGCAUUUAUCCUCACGAGCCUUCGGACCGAAUGCUACAAGCUUGUUCUCAAGCGUUCGACGUAUCCGUAUUCGAGAUCUUCUUCUCGUGGGGAAACGGCAUGUGCUUAUGUUCAGCUACUAACGAUACCUUGUUUGAAGAUAUUGAGAAUUCCGUACGGGCACUUCAAGUAACCCACCUCAGCAUGACGGUCACUGUUGCUUCGCUCAUAGAACCUAGCCGGCUACCUAAUGUUAAAAUGCUAGUUACGUCAGGUGAACCUAUGACCGAUGCCGUGCUGGACACCUGGGCACGGCAGCUAUGGCAAGGUUACGGUCCUUCGGAGACUACUAAUAUAUGCACUGUAAGAAAGAUAACUCGAGGUGAUUCGCCUGCGUACUUAGGAUGGCCCCUCGAAAAUACUUCGGCCUUCGUCUUAUCUCAGGACAGUGUGGACUUGAUGCCCUUGGGUUGCGUAGGCGAAUUGUGUUUUGGUGGCGACCAGGUAGCAGCAGGCUACCUUAACAUGCCGGACCUAACAGCAGCCAAGUUUCUCGACCACCCUAAAUAUGGUCGCUUAUACCGAUCCGGAGACCUUGGCCGCAUGCUUCCUGAUGGCUCUCUAAUUAUCCUUGGGAGAAUUGACACUCAAGUGAAACUCCGGGGACUCAGGAUCGAAUUGCAAGAAAUCCAAGCGAUUGUUCUUAGGAGUGGACUUGCAAAGGCCUGCACAAGUGUGCUUGCUACGUUCGGAGGUAAUUCCACAGAGCAGCUAGGACUGUUCUACGUUCCUAUUGGUUAUGAACGUCCAGAUUUUACUAUAUUGCCUAUUAUAGAUUCGAUAAGAAAGACGACCAUCACGAUACAACAGAUACUACGGGCAGCUUUGCCGGAUUACAUGGUGCCAUCUUUCGUUAUCCCCAUCUCUGCUCUGCCAUUUACAUCGUCUGGAAAGGUCGAUCAUGACUCGCUGCGAUCCUCAGCUAGUGAUAUUUCGGACGAAAUAUUAGACUCGUGCAGCUACGUGCAAAAUUCUGUCGAAGGAUCCCUUGAAUGGACAGAACUUGAGGUUUUGAUAGCGGGAGCCAUCUCAGAGGUGAUCCGUGUCGACAGGAAGGUAAUCAACCGAUGGGGUUCCUUCGCGGCCCUUGGAAUAGAUUCUAUCUCGGCCAUGCCUUUAUCGCGGAAGCUCCAAACAGUUCUGGGUAAACGGGUUCCCUUAUCACUCAUUUUAUCGAAUCCCAGCGUUGGGCGGCUUGCUUCAGCGAUCGCUAAGGAUACGUACCAAAUAACAGCCCGGUCCGAUAGAAGAGGACUUGGUUUGCCGGAAUCGCUGGUAGAAGCCGUGCGAAGACGCUUUGACGAUUGGGGAGAAGAUCGCGUAGAGAAUAUUCUUCCGUGUACCCCCUUACAAGAAGCAAUGCUUUCGUCUUCCAUGUCAUCCUCGAAUAAACAUUCGUAUUCCAAUCAGAUGCUUUUUCGACUUCGCCUCCCAUCACAGGUUAUGAAGAGGCACUGGGAUGCUAUGUUCAAACGCCACGGGAUCCUACGGACAUGCUUCGUGACGACCGCGGAUGUUCGGCACCCAAUGAUGCAAGUGGUUUUGAAGUCUUACUUACCUACGUGGAGACUUAUCAAGGUAGAUAGGACUGAUUUCCAUGGUCUGGCAUUCAAGCACGGAAGCUCCCUUCCGAGUGCGCUUGAUUCUGGCGACCCUCCAGUUUCGCUCUUAUUUAUCAGCCUUGAAGAUUCCACCGAAUAUUUGUCCUUUGUCUGCCAUCAUGCCAUCUAUGAUGGUGUCUCGAUGAUGCAACUUCUCUCAGAAAUCGAGGCUGUAUCGCGGCAUGAGCAGUUGCUAGAUGCUCUGCCUUUUGAAUUAUUCCUUGAAGAAGCUCUUCCUCUUCAUCCAGAAGCUGAUGGAUUUUGGGAAGAGCAUUUGCGUUCAUUUUCUCCGUUCCAUUUCAAUAGGUUGACGUCGGUUAACCAUCCCGGUUCGCACGUCAUAACAGGAGAUGCGUUAAGUCGCCCAUAUUCCUCCGUUACGGCUCGUACGCAGGAGUUAGGCGCGUCGCUUUUAUCAUUAUGCCAAGCGGCCUGGGCUAUUACGCUUUCUCUAUUACAAGGUAAUAGAGAUGUCUGUUUUGGGAACGUCGUGAGCGGUCGUUCCAUCGCCUUAGAUCAGAUCGAUACCCUUGUAGCGCCGUGCUUCAAUACUAUUCCUGUUAGGAUAGAUCUUUCUCGCUUCAAAUUCCCUCAUCAGGUUAUGAAUAAAUUUCAACGGCUCAACGUCCAAAUGAUACCAUAUCAAUUCACCAGCUUACGACGGAUACAAUCACAUCUUCAAUUACCGUCUCUUUUUGACACUGUUCUUAUUCUUCAACCGCAGAAUUAUGCUUUAGACGAAACAAUAUGGUCAUUGGAGCAAGAAAAUGGCGCCAUGGAUGUGCCUCUGGUAUGCGAGAUCACCCCUUGCCGGGAACGAAAUAUUCUUACCGUGCAAUUACAUGCAAAUCCGACGAUCUUCUCGCGCCAGAUUUCAUCGUUUAUCCUAGAUCUCUUCCGAAAUAUUCUUGAUACUUGUCUAACGCGUCCAUCUUCUCAUAUUGUCACAGCUUCUGAUUUACCAAUCGAGUGGCAACGUCAGAUGUCCAGUUUGGCUGGGUCGCGAGAUGUAGUAAAGACUCAUGGUACGACGCCAGGACAGCCCGACACAAACGAGACUUGGAACGAAAUUGAAUCGAUGGUUCGUGCCGUUUUAUCGAAGCUAGCAAAUAUCCCAGAGGGAAAAAUUGAUCGGCAUACCCCAAUAUAUCGCUACGGUAUAGACAGUAUUGGUGCGGUUCAGCUGGCUACUCUUCUUCGUCAGGAGUCGUCGUACACCAUAUCUGCACUAGAUGUGAUUGAGAAUCCGACAUGCGCGGGAAUUGCCUCUCAUUUAACCGCUCCCGAUAACAAAACACCGCGUUUCGUUUAUGAUUUCCGCAAUUUUCAAGAUACCGUCGGUAGGUAUCUAGAUAGGAGCACCAGAUUAACUAAUGAUUAUGAAGAAUUAUUGCCAUGUACCCCGACACAACAGGGCAUGAUAUCGCAAUUCCUUAACUCUAACGGCACGCAUUAUUUCAAUUAUACAGCCUGGGUAUUAGGAGCUGGAGUCGAUUCUCGGAAAAUUGCUGAAGCAUGGGUGCAGCUCGCAGCCGACUGUCAGAUAUUGCGGACUGGAUUCGUGCCGGUCGACCACAAGGACGCCUCCUAUGCAAUGGUAGUUUAUCCCGUCGCUGGGUUCUCUGUCCCGGUGUCAGUUCAAAAAUCUAGCACCUUCGACGACUUGGAGUGGCGCACGACUGCAGCCUUGAAGGCUCUGGAAAACCUCUCGGUACCGCCCUGGCAAGUUGUCAUCGUUGACCACCGACCCGCUCAUUCAACUAUGCACCUUGCCAUGCACCACGCAUUGUACGAUGCCAACUCGCUGCGUUAUUUAAUACGGCGAUUAAUUGAAUCUCUAUCGGGCAAUUCUCGAGGACAAUCUCCCCCGGUUCAGUUAGCUGUGUCUGCCUGUCUCGACCCUGCGAAUUCUCAAUCUACAUCGGAAGCCUUCUGGCAAGCGAAAGCAGAAGAUCUCGUUGUUAGCAAAUUUCCAAUGAUGACACCACUCUAUGUCUCCGAUCCCACUACGUCAACGUUAUCAAUGACGUGCAAUAUGUCCCCCAAAAAACUUCGUCGCGGUUCUUCGCAAGCUGACGUGACAGUUAGAGCCGCGCUACAGGCAGCUUGGGCCCGAGUUCUUUCUUCCUACCUCGGGGAGACCUCCGUUACGUUUGGGAUCGUUCUUGACGGACGUACAACGCAGGAAGAACGAGAGGUAGUCUUCCCCAUGGUGACAACUCUACCUAUUAUAGCGCGCAAUUCCAAUUCCAAUGCCGAGCUUCUCAGAGACAUGAUGCGGUACAAUACAAGUUUACGUCGAUAUGAGCGCACGCCCCUUUCUAAAGUGCAGCGAUGGCUUGGUCGACCCGGUCGUCAAUUAUUCGAUACCAUAAUAGCGUAUCAGACUAUGGAUGCCGUAGAAGUCGAGCCGCCAUGGGAAAUACUGGAGGAGUCCGCAUCGGUCGAAUAUGCGGUCGCGCUCGAAGUUAUUGAAACGGCUUCAGAAGAACUCCGGGUAAAUCUGACAUAUCAAACCGAUAUCCUACCAGCCGAACAAGCGCGUCUUCUUCCAAGACAAUUUGACGCCGUGCUAGCAGACCUCCUCACAUCACCCCAAGGUCAUUUCACAGCACUCCCCUCCUUCUCACCUGGCCUUCUCUCCAUUAUUCCGGCAGCCUGCCAGCAGAUUCCUCCUCCUGCGGAUCUUUUACAUCAGCUUGUCGAAAACUCAGCGCGACGUAUACCAGCAUCUACUGCUCUCGAGUUCGUUUGGGAGUUAGGAAACCCUUCCCGCAUUAGGCGCUGGACGUACCGCGAGUUAGACGAGAUGGGAAACCGUGUAGCCAAUAUGCUGUCGCGUCGCAAUACGUCACCAGGUAGUAUCGUCGCAGCGUGUUUUAGCAAGUGCCCGGAAGCAUAUUUCUCAAUCCUUGGAAUUCUCAAAGCGGGGUGCGUAUUCCUGUCUCUCGAUCCUGGUGCCCCGGUAUCGCGACUCGAGUUCAUUUUGAGCGAUUCUGAUGCGUCUUGUUUACUUAUCGAAUCAUCUUUGGCUGCAACCAUGGAUCUAGACGUAACUGUGCCAACUUACACAGUUACGGAAGAAGAACUCUUAAAAUUUCCCGUAUCACCCAUAGAACCUGCUCGGGGAUCUCCGUCAGACACGUGUUACUGUCUCUACACAAGCGGUACGACUGGUACUCCAAAGGGCUGUCUUAUCAGUCACAACAAUGCCGUCCAGGCUAUGCUCGCUUUUGAGCAGCUCUUCUCUGGGCACUGGGAUAACCACUCUAGGUGGCUACAGUUUGCUUCGUUCCAUUUUGACGUAUCCGUUUUGGAGCAAUAUUGGUCCUGGUUUGUAGGUAUCACCGUCGUUGCAGCUCCGAAGGAUUUGAUACUCUCGGACAUAACCGCCACGAUCACAACCUUGGACAUCACCCAUAUUGACCUGACACCGAGCCUAGCAAAACUCAUUCAUCCAGAUGAGACUCCGAGCCUAUGUAAAGGUAUUUUUAUUACCGGGGGCGAGCAACUUCGGCAAGAGAUACUGCAAGUAUGGGGACCCAAGAGAGUCAUAUACAACGCGUACGGCCCGACGGAAGCGACAAUUGGAGUUACCAUGUUCCGGAGGGUUCCUGCUAACGGCAGGCCGUCGAAUAUUGGACAGCAAUUCCCGAAUGUGGGCACUUAUGUUUUGGAGCCUGGUACUGAAAUCGCGGUGCUUAGAGGCGGUGUCGGGGAACUGUGCGUAUCCGGGAGACUCGUCGGCCUGGGUUACUUGAACCGGAAAGAACUCACCGAGGAACGUUUCCCGUUCCUUGAGAGGUACGGUGAGCGCGUAUACCGUACAGGCGAUUUAGUCCGCGUGCUUCAUGAUGGCUCGUUUGAUUUCUUAGGUCGUGCUGACGACCAAGUUAAACUUCGCGGCCAGAGGCUCGAAAUUGGCGAAAUCAACCACGCCAUUAAGUCCGGCCUCUCUAAUCAAAUAACGGAUGUUGUUACCUUGGUUACAAGAUUAAUGGGACAAGAUAGAGACCUUAUCGUUUCUUUCCUAGCUCCCGAUACGGCUUCGUCACGCUCUACCGAUUUGCAAAUCUCAUCCGACUCAAGUUCAUUGAGCUUGUCCAGGGCAGCGCUUGAAGCUUGCAGGAAUUCACUCCCUGGGUACAUGGUUCCUACCUACGUCUUUUGCGUGCCCUUCAUUCCUCUAUCUGCAAAUAAUAAAGCAGACGCGAAACGUCUCAAACAACUCUUCGCAGAUCUACCUCAUGAUUAUUUGCGAAAUGGUACCGCGAGCUCAACCGGCACCCAGAGAACGCUCGACGAGAAGGACCGGUUAAUCGCCUCGGUUAUUUCGACUAUCACGGAAAUUCAAGGCAUAGACGUCAAUCCGUCCUCCUCGAUAUUUGAGUUAGGUAUUGAUUCGAUUAACGUUGCGCGGCUAGCCAUCGCUCUUCAGUCCCGGGGUUUCACUCUUGCAACUCCUUCGCUUAUUUUACGUCAUCCCGAACUAGGUCGUCUUUCCGAAGCACUCGCCCAAGGGGCACCUAUAGCUCUCAGCGGGCAAGUACUUCAAAUUAAGCAGUCGAUUCGCGCUCGAUACUAUAGAAAUGUUGGCGCAGUGUGUAGGGCUUUGAAGGUUGACAAAGCAGAAAUAGAAUAUAUUGCGCCGUGCACUCCUCUCCAAGAAGGGAUGAUCACGAGAUACAAGACCGCCGAAGGUCAGUCGACUUACUUCAAUCAAUUCCAUAUAUAUCUUGAACCGCAGGUGUCAUUAGGUCGCCUGAGAAGUUGUUGGAAUAGCGUAUUUGCGGAAUAUGCCAUUUUGAGGACAACAUUCUUCCCCACAGGUGAUGGAUAUAUCCAAGUCGCAACAAGGAAAGCAACCGUGCCUUGGUUUGAGAUUAGUUUUGAAGAGAAAGAUAUCACAACCCUCAUAUCGGAACGUCGAGACCGCUGGAUUGCGUCAAACCAGGAUAUUAUACUCAAUCCUAUGGAGAUUGACUACAUAGAACAUCGUGGAAAACGAAUGCUCCUCGUUCGGCUCUUUCAUGCUAUCUACGACGGACGCAGCUUCGAACUCCUACUCCAAAGGGUGAACGAGAAGUAUUUCCACGAACCACCCGUAUGUAGUCCUACAUUCUUUGAAAUCUUGGCUCACGGGCCGCUCUUGAAACAUAUUGAAUCAAGGCCAUUCUGGGAGAGGAUGUUUAAAGACAGCCUAUUUCAACCAGUUCCCGCCAUUACAGUCCAACCAGGAGCACACGACGUGAUAUUAUCUCGAGUUAUCAGUGUAAGCAAUUUGGAAACGCAACGGCUAGCGCUCGGUGUAACGCACCAAACUACAAUCCUUUCUGCGUGGUUGGUUACGUUACGCCAGCAUCUCGGGUUCGUGCCUAAUAUUGGCGUCGUCUUCUCCGGGAGGUCCCUACUCUAUGAUGGCAUAGAAAACGUAAUUGGGCCGGUCUUCAACACAUUGCCAUUCCGAAUAGACAUCACCAAUCAUUCAAAUUGGUUUUCGCUUGUUCGAGAAGUUCAGGAGUAUAACAGUUCUAUGUUAGAAUAUGUACAUACACCGCUUCGUGAUAUUCAGAAGUGGUGCUCGAAAGGCAAACCGUUAUUUGACAUACUCUUGUCGUUUGACCGAGAAGACGUCCUACCAGCAACGGAAGCCAGAUCAUUUUGGUCCGCGGUACAUUCAGCUGCAACUCCUGACUACUCUCUUGCGCUCGAGGUAGUUCUAUUGCGAGAUCAGUCUUUGCGUACAAGCCUCGCCGCCCGAAAAGAUGUUGCCACGGAAUCCUCUAUCAGUUCGUUACUAGAAGAGUUUAGCCAAACCCUCGUCUCCUUCGCCAAUUCGGACAACGAAACGAUGCUCCUGAGCAACUCGUUAUCGUCUAACGUACCAGGUACUGUAUUACAAGGCACGACAUUCGUGCACUCGAAUGUUUCCAAGGCGGAAAUAAACACCAAAAUACUUGACAACGUCAAAGCCCUGGAAGUUAGACAUGAAAUAGCCUCCUUGGCUGGAGUACCGGAUGAAGAAGUCCAAGAGAAUACAAGAUUUCUUGAGCUUGGUUUAGACAGCAUCGAUGGAAUCAAGCUCGCUUCGAGGCUUAAGAAGAUUGGUAUUCGGAUCACAAUCAGCGAGCUGAUGAAAAACCCUACCUUCAAGAGCAUUCUCCAUUCACACAUUACUACAGAUAUGAAUGGCAAUGACGAUCAUAAUGCGGCUAAUCGUCUACAAAGUUCGAGUGCCUUCUUGGAAAGCUACUUGGAACAGGAAAUAAAGGAUCUUCAGGAUGCCACGGCCGUCCUGCCACCUACUCCUUUGCAGGAUUCCAUGGUGGCGGAUAUGCUAUCAUCUAACUUCGAGCGAUAUUUCAAUCACGACGUACUAGAAAUAUCAGAGAGCACGGAUAUAAACCGACUUAAAUUAGCCUGGGCUACAGUAUACGCCAAUUCCCCAAUUUUGCGGACGACCUUUUUAGAGGUCGAUAGCCCAAGCAGUAAAGCCGCGUUCUGUCAAAUUGUCCGAGAACAACCCCUUGAAUUUGAGCCGACGAUGGAGCUUUCUAGUUUAGACGACAUUUCGACAGUGAUUAAUCGCUCCAGGAGCAUAGCAGCAGCGGCCAACGGAAAGGCAAAAUUGUUUCAGCUCGUCUUUGCGAAUACUCCGGAUAGUUGCUAUCUCGUAAUCUCAAUCGCCCACGCCCUAUACGAUGGAUGGUCAAUUAAAUUGCUACAUAAAGAUGUGCAAGCAGCAUACGACGGCCACUAUCGCCCGCGAAGUAGAUAUGAGGAGUAUCUUGCUCAUCUGCUCUUCAGCUCCUCGACUCAAGGUGAGAGCUUUUGGGCUGACUACUUGACGGAUGUUCAUCCAAUUAUUCUUGACCCCGUUACAAGUCUACCAACAAAGUAUCAGCCGAUCACACAUCGAUCGGAAUUACUAUCUGCGCUACGGCCAGAAAGUAUAAAGACUUUGUGUAAAAAGCACCACAUCACACCACAGGUCCUUGCUCAAGGAUGUUGGGCACCUGUGCUCGCUUCGAUGUCAAAGUCUUUGGACGUUACUUUUGGUGUAGUUCUAUCAGGGAGGGAGACAGACGAAGCUCGAGAUCUACUGUUUCCGACUAUGAAUACUGUGCCUCUAAGAGUCAUACUCCAUGGGACGACGACAAGUUAUUUCGAAUAUUUACAGGCUAGCAUGUCUGAUGUCAUGGAAUAUCAACACUUCCCACUUCGAGAAAUCCGAAGAUUAUCCAAGGUUAAAGGAGGUGAUCUUUUUAACACACUCUUUCUCCUACAAAAUACCGGGGAAAGCCAAGUUGGAAAUGACAAUACCAUCUUACGAUCGGUCCAUGCAUCUUCCGCUGUGGAUUAUCCAUUGUGCAUUGAAAUUGAAAUGACUAAAGUAUCGGUCGUAUGGCGCAUAGCUGGCGAUGAACGCUACAUCGCGCCAGAGGAUACGAAUCGGAUUCUAGCCAACAUUGAAAGUGUUCUGAGAUAUAUUUCAGAGAAUAAUUCAAAUAUUCUCGAAUUCGAUACGACAGGCAAGGUGUCUAUCUGCGGGCUAGAACCGUUCGAUCUGACGAAGGAUGUCGGUGCCUCAACAGAAGCAACUUCAAACGAUCAUAUAUCGGGAGAAUCGUACUUCGGCGACUUGGAAUCACCCGUCCUAGAUGUCUUGUCAGAGCUAUCGGGGAUAGACAAGCGUAUUAUCGACCCCGAUCGUUCCAUAUACUACCUUGGUCUGGAUUCUAUCAGCGCUAUUAAAGCGUCAUCUAUGAUCCGAAAACGAGGUCUGGUCGUCUCUGUCCGCGGCCUACUCGAAGCGACGUCUAUCCGCGAAAUAGUUGAUCAGGUAACAGGCCGAAACAGGCCAAUAGAACAGCGUCGAGAUUCCCCCUUUCAACUUAACUCAAUACUAAAGCAAGCUGAGAUAGACUCACUUGUUAGGGAUGCGGGGUUAUAUGAAAGUGCUGUAGAAGCGGUUCUACCGGCUUUACCCAUGCAAGUGCACAUGCUAAGCACAUGGCAAAACACGAACGGGCUUGUCUUCUUCCCGCAAUUCACUUUUCGCCUUCACGGAAGGACUAGCUACGAAAUAAUCUCGAAGGCCUGGUCUUUACUUGUAUCCGAAACUCCGACGCUCCGAACUCAUUUCGCUGCGACCAAAUUUCCCGGAAUCCCCUUCGUUCAAAUCAUCAUGAAGCCAGAGUUAUCAAGGUUUUCUGACACCGACUCACUAGAUAAGGUACAAAGUCGCCAUGUCUACGAGCAUUCUGCGACGCCCUUCUUACAUAUCCGUGUUGAAGAUUUGAAUCUACAGAAUCCCGUUAUAUAUCUGAAGAUCCAUCACGCGUUAUACGAUGCCAUCAGCCUGCCAGUAUUGAUGGGCCGUUUCUUAGAGAUAUGCGAGAAUGGCUUGACACCGAUCCAGAGGAUGCAUCAACCUAUGUGGCAUGAUUUCGUCUUGAAUCAUUAUUCACCUACUGUUCAGCAACGAAGGAAGCUGUUCUGGACAACAUAUCUCCAAGGAAUAACGCCAAUGCACAUGAUUACUCCGAAAGCCUCACUCGAAAAUGCCGGUCAGAAGGCUGAAGUCAUAUCUCAGUUUAGACAAGACGCGAUAAAUAACGUGUCAAAGGUUAAAGGUUUCAGUUCGGCGCAUGGUGUCACGCUACAAGCACUUUUUUUCGCAGCUUACUCGAAAGCUUUAGCUACUAUGCAGCAGCUCAACGAACCAGAUGAGCGGGAGAGAGACCUUGUGUUUGGGAUCUACCUUGCAAAUAGAAACAGCUUUUCGGGAAUCGAAAAGGCUCCAUUUCCUACACUGAGCAUUGUACCUCUUCUCGUCAGAAAACCAGUUAGCCGUUCGGUUAUUGAUUUAGCUACUGAGAUCCAGAAAGAUAUUCUUAGUAUCGGUACAUUCGAGAAUGCUAGCGCAAGCCUAUGGGAGAUUUACGCUUGGACCGGCAUACGGAUUGAAAGUUCGGUCAAUUUCCUCAUUACACCUAUGGGUGAGGAUGAUGUGUAUUCGAUGCGUGGUAUUACGAUGACCGAAAUACCUGAUGACCCGACAACGGGAAGCAACAAGGAUGGACCAUCAUGUAGACUUCCGCAGCCAAGCGCGUGUUUCAGGCUCCAGGAUGAAGCAAUGAAAGCAUAUAUACAUACACUGGAUAUAGAAGUGGCCGUACGCGAGGAUAUUAUGAAUAUUGGUAUAUUCAGUCCCCCCCUCCUCUCGGAGUCACAAUCCGAAAACUUGAUGGACGGUGUUAUCAAUAUAUUGGAGGAUAUAAAUUAGGCUACGGUGAGCAAAAUCGUUGAAUGUCGCUUGAGACAACUGGACCAGCUUCUCCUCAAUUUCACCAACAUCAAAUAGGAAGAAGUAUGACUGAACUGGUCUGGAAAGGCUAGUUUGACUGCGCUGACUCGCAUUGAUAACGUCUUCUACUAACGACACACUAUUGUUUCAUCGUAAAUGCUCAGAUUCAUAUCUUCUUGUGGCCUUGUUUCGCUUUCAUGUCGAAGACUAUAUCCAUUAUACUACCAAGUCUAUAGGUAAUGAUCUGCUAGAUUAGGACAGUAUAAAGCCGCCCAAUCUACC